GCGGACUUUCCCGAUAGUGUGUUUAGAUUCGUUGGGUCUGCCAUGUUACAUGUUAUCGUUGAAAAUUACGAAGACGUAAUCUGAGGGAUUUCAGCCAUGAACAAGAUUCACCCUUCACCAUUUUUAAAAUGGGUGUUUUAGGCCAACUACCAGUUUCAGGGAGUGGAUCGAUGGGAGAUCAAGAACCAAGUAGCCCAGUUUCAGAUUCUGGAAUAAGUUCGGCAUCCAGUUUAUCACCACAAAUGUCUCUCAUUGAGGAUUGUCCUUGUAAGGCCGUACAGAGAGGCUACACAUUUUUGCGAGACAGAAUACAAGAGGAACAGCUGAUAGGCUACCUCUGCGUUGUUUGUGAGAUGCCACAGCUGUCGGAUGAAGAUAAACUAGAACUGAGAAAAGGAGGGGGGUGUCGUCUUAAACAAGAACUAUUGAAACAAGUUAUUAAGAAAGGAGAAGAGACAUGCAAAGCAUUCCUGGAAAAAUUGAGACAUUUCCCCUUCUUGUACAACGAGUUGUGUCAAACUUUGGCGAAUGAGAUCAGAAAUGAGGAUGCUGAAUCACCACCUGAUCUAACACAAGACCAGUGGAGUUACCAUGAAGAUACCUUGAUAGAAGAAAUGGAACCAAGUCGUAUCUCAGAUCUUCUUUUCAGUCAGUGUGAACUAAGUGUUGCCGAACAUGAUGAAAUUGAGAAGCAUCAUGGAAGAAAAAAGAAAGCAAAGGCAGUGAUUGUAAAAAUGAGACAAAGAGACAAAAUACCUGUACUUUGGCGUGCACUAGAAACUACCAAGUGCAAAAAAGCUAUUGAACACAUCAGAGAGAAUGUGUGCAAUCGGCAUGGUUUGCUUCCUAGUGACUCGGUGAGCUGUGUAAGAUUCAACUACAGGAAUCUCUUAACAGAAUUUAAAACUGAGGAGAGACGACAAAUUGUAUUUGACUCUUUAAGAGAAGACAUUUUUCAUCAUCUUAAUGCAUUGCCAAAGGUGAACCAUCUGAUCAAAAACGGUCUACGUAAAGAGAGAAGAGGGUGUGAAAGUCUUCUUACAUUUCUUCGUGAAGUAAACAAUGGAUUUUUAAGAAAAAUGACAACAAGGCUUGAUGAAAGAAGAAGAAACGGAAGAGGAACACUACACAGGGAACAUUCCAUCUCCUAUAAAAGACUGAGAACUCUGAAAGAUUAUCUUCUAGAGGAAUUAGAACCAAUGCCUGUAUCCGAUGUUAUGUUGGAAGAGCGAGCAUUCUCAUUAGACGUCCAUGACACUAUAGAGGAGCAAAAAGGGAGACGUCAACGAUCAGAGGCGGUCUAUAACGGACUUUUAAUGGACAGGUCGGAGCUGACCUUGGAAAGUUUCUUGUUUGCACUUAGAGAAAACAAGUUGGAACAUAUCUUAAAUACAUUCAGAAGGCCAACAGAUGGACAGGUUCCCCAUACAGAGCAAAGAAACUUAGAUGAUGAUGAUGAUGAUGGUCACCUCCCUGACUUCCAGAUUGUACGUGUUGAUGGUGGUAUGCAGCUGCCUGAUGACCUUGCAAUGUCCUCCAAUGUGGAGAUGAUUGUGUCCAUUCCUGUGGUUGGAGAAAGAGAAGUUAUCCAGCGAACUGUAGACAGAAUAAACAAUGACCCUCAGCUAAAGGCCAGGGUCACAGAGACAUCCCACAUGAAGGUUGACAGGGCAGAAAUGGGGUCUGUUGUACUUCAUUUGAUUACACUGACCGAUGAUGCUUGCCACCGAUUUUUAGAUGAAGAAGGGAAGUGUUUGAAGGAGAUGGUAGAAAGGAUUCUAUCAUAUGCUGGAAUCAAAGAGGAACAGAUAAAAGGGAAUAUCUCAGUCACUGUUUUUGCAUCUGAUAAAACAAAUAAAGCAGGUGAAUUGGAUGAACAUGGAAUUGCUGAAAUCAAAAUAAGAGAGAAAUGGAACCUUCUUCUUGAGGAGCUAGAACCCCUCCUCCUUGCUGCUAGCUUAAAAUCAAAGGGGAUCUUUACUGAAGAUGAGGAAAGGAGCUUCAUUGAUGAUUCAACAAGGAGAGAAAAAGUAGAGAAAAUACUGGGGAAACUGUUAGCUAGCAAACGAAAAGAUAACAUUGACCAGUUUAUUGAGACGUUAAAUGAAUUAGGAAAGGAAGAAAUUGCUCUAGAGAUCAAACCAGAACCAAACCUGCAUGAAGAAGCUGAGAAAGUUCGGAAAGGAUUUUUAUACAAAUUUCAGGCAGUAGUAGAUGAAAUGGAAUCAUCCAUUAUUGAAGAUACUUUAAGGCGAUGUGGUAUCGACUCUGAGAACGAGCUGAGCUCAAAACUCGGAAAGAGUCGCAAGGAACGAGCUUACAACUUCCUGAUCUCCAUUCUGUUGAAUGAUAUGUAUGUUCUGGCACUGAAACAUGUAUUAGAGGACCGAGAUUUGAAUGACCUUUUUGAAUUGCCUGAAGAAAUAGAAAGCUCUAUUGGUACAAAGCGUAAGCUUCCUGAAAAUGUUAAGGAAGGAGAUAUUCUCUUCAAGUGUGAAUACAAGUUAUUGAAGAAGGAGGACAUAGACAUGGAAGAAAUCUCUAAGUCCUCGAGUUUUUCUGGAGAAAUAGAAUAUAGCAGAGAAACUGAUAUGAUGCCCAAGUCAUCAAGUUAUUCAGAAGAAGUGGUUUUUAGGAGAGAAACUGACAUGAAGUCUGAAGUAAAACGUGACCCAUUGCCAUUAAGACAGACUGUAAAACAGACCCCUGUUUAUCCCAGAAAGGAAGUCCUACGGCCAAAAAGAAGUCCUGUUCCACGCAGUCAAGUUCCAGGAAAAAUAUAUGGGCGUCCAUGUUCAGAGAAGGGUGAAGAUGAAUGGUCAGUCGUGGUAGCUCUGGACUUUGGAACAACAUAUUCAGGUUUUGCAUUUUGGAGGAAAGAAAAUCCCUCUGAGAUUUAUCCUGGAAAAUGGAAAACAAACUCUGCAGAAGUGCUGGAAUCACUUAAAACUCCCACUUCUUUGCUGUUGAACAAAAAUAAUGAACUUAUAGAGUUUGGAUUUGAGGCAGAGAGGAUUUUCAAAGAAUUGCUUGAAGACAGACUUGAUAGUGAUUACAGAUUUUUCAGUAAAUUCAAGAUGUGUCUUCACCAGAAACAAACAUUUGACAAAGAAAUGGAAAUUGAAGAUCAUUUGGGAGAUUCAGCCAAGGCAAUAGAGGUGUUUUCUAUUGCCAUCAGGUUCCUGAAGGAUGAGUGCACACAACUUCUUGAAGAGAAGAAUAUGAUGGUCGCUGAUGAUGAAAUACGCUGGAUUUUGACAGUGCCUGCAAUAUGGGAUGAAUCUGCCAAGCAGUUCAUGAGAAAAGCAGCAGAACAGGCGGAAAUUCCAUCUCAUCAACUGAAACUAGCUCUUGAACCAGAAGCAGCGGCAAUAUAUGUCAUCAAAGAAUCCAAACAAGUUCUUGGAGCAGAGUCCCUUACGACAUAUGAACCUGGUGCCAAAAUCAUGUUGGCUGAUCUAGGGGGUGGGACAGCUGAUUUCACUGUUCUGGAGUUGUUAGAUGACAGGAAAAUGAAGCAGUUGUAUAGAGCUAGUGGAGGGGCAUGGGGAGGAAAUAUGGUCAACAAAAAUGUCUGGAAUAUGCUCGAAAAUAUAUUUGGAAAAGAUAUCAUUAAAGAAUUCAAGAAGCAAACAGCAGAAUACUUGGAAAUGGAGAGCAAUAUUGAACUGAAAAAACGAGAUCUUACUCUUGAAAGUAGAUUGCAGCUACCUAUAUUUCCAUCCUUUUCUGAUCUUUGCAAAAGCUUGAGGGGAAAGACUUACAAGAACCUGAUCCAAGAAUCACCCUUUGCUGACAUAGUAAAGGUUCGCGUCGGGAAAUUGGUAUUUGAACCAAAAAUGGUGGAGAGAAUUUUUGAUAUGACAUUAUCCCACUUAUUUACUACAGUAGAUAAAAUUCUUGGAAGUCCAAACACGCAUGGAGUCAAUGACAUUAUUCUGGUGGGUGGGUUCUCACAGUCUGAGAUCAUUGUGAAGCAGUUUGAGAAGCGGUUCAGAAGAUACAAGGUCAUAAUACCAACUGAUCCGGGGCUUGCUGUGCUGAAAGGUGCCGUGAUGUUUGGGCAAAACAUUAAUAUUAUUACAUCCAGGAUAAGUCCACACACUUACGGUUUUGAUACAAUGAAGUAUUUUAUGUCAGGAGACCCACAGAAUAAGAGGAAAAAGAUCGAUGGCACAUAUUAUUGUGUUGAUAUUUUUGAGAAGAUGGUUGCAAUUGGUGAAUCUGUGGAUGUUGGAAAAACAGUUGAAAAAGAAGUUUAUGCAGCAUCAGCUGAAAUGACAAAAAUGGGGUUGAAGUUUUAUCAAUCUAAUGAGGAGAAUCCGCAGUUUGUUAGUGAUGAAGGUUGUGUGUGUAUCGGUGAACUGUUGGUGGACAUGCCUGAUAUUAGGGGUGGUAAAGAACGCUCUGUGUUGGUGUCAAUCAAAUUCGGGGAAACGGAAAUCAUGGUCUGUGGUGUGGACAGAACAACGGGAAAAAGACAAGAAACCAAACUUGAUUUAUUGGGAAGGAGAUACUGAAAUUCUGGUGAAUAACAAAAAGUAUUCUGACAAAUACUGUGAACCAAUCACAGUGUAGACUUAGAAACUACAGCAUUCAAAAGACUUCAUUUCACCAUUCAGUUUGUUGUGAAUUCCUUUUGUAGAAAGAUUUUGUUAUAAGUUAUUUCCAAAACAUUAGAGCUGUUAACUUGAUUUAUACGUUUUUGUUGAAUUUGAAUUUCUUAACAAGUAUAGAUCAAAUGAAAUGAACUGAAUUCAAAGUGUUUACUGGGCUAUAAAUAAAA